AUGUCUAAUUCAACUAACGCAACAUAUUUAUGUGUACCAGGCACUCUUUGUGAGGUGCUUUUUUUUGAAGUCGAACUGAUUGUCAUUCCGGUGCUGUUUCUCCUGGCUUUUCUGGUCACGCUGAUCAUUUUGUUUGUGCUCAAAUGCUCCCAUAAGCCAUCACAUCUUUAUGGACACCACAGAAAUGAAAAAGACGACACACAACACCAUCAUAACACACACAGGCACCGUAACAGCAACAGACGGCACCUGCAAGGCAUUGACGCUCCAGCAGAGCUGAACCCAAUGGAACAUGAGAUUAUCCCCAUGACAGCCCAACCUCACCAUGACAUGCCGAAUUCAAGCCCUGCAGUACCUCAGCCAACCACCGAGAGGCAUCCGGGCCUCUUUCAGCUGGUCUCUCCACUUCCUCUCACCUUCUCAGUAAAACAAGACAACACCAUCACCUUGCACAGAGCUGUCAUUGACAGACAGCCAGUCGUUUUACGAGUGCUUAAAGAAUCAGCCAGUGCCAGAGAGUGCCAGUCUUUUCUGGGGUUUGCCCACUUUUUUUCAGAGUUGGGACCGCAUCCAUCGCUGCCCAGACUGCUGGGGGUGGUGACUGUGCAGACACCCUUGAUGAUUGCGGUGGAGGAGCUGGAACAUCGAGACCUGCUGAGCUUCCUGUGGAGGUGCAGACAGGACCACACAGGUCAGGAUGCACCGUGUGACAUGACUGAAAGACGAAUCUUUACCAUGGGCACUCAGAUUGGAUCUGCACUGGAGUAUCUGCAUAGUAAGAACUACAUCCAUGGCAAUGUCAAAGCUCGAAGCGUCCUGGUUGGUCGGGACCUGUCGGUCAAGCUGUGGGGUUUGGGUCCGGCAUAUCGCAGAAAAACGAGUGCAGGCUCUAUAGAAUAUGUGGGAGAUAUGGAAAUGAGAAAGUGGCAAGCUCCAGAAGCAUUAGCACGGCAACCUCUCCAGCAAAGCAGCGACAUAUGGUCCUUUGGCAUUUUGCUCUAUGAGAUGGUGACAUUAGGAGAGCCCCCCUUUCCCAACAUCAUAGCCAGCGAACUUCUGCAGCAUUUACAGAGAGUGAACACAAUAAAGAGACCACCCAACUGCUCUAAUACACUAUACUCUAUUAUCAAAUCCUGCUGUCAGUGGAAACCAAUGGAUCGAGUCUCAUUGGCUGAGCUGAUCAGAAAGCUCCAAUCAAAAGAGAGAAGCACCAAUGAUCAGGCAGUGCUGCGAGUGUCUGAGCCGUUCGACAUGGAGAAAUACAUGCGGGAAGCGGGCUAUGGAGAAUCACUCAACUAUGCUGUGCUCUAA